CUGUCUUUUCUACGGGUUCAAUGUCCUUGCAGUUCCAGCUACUACCAUUAGAGGGCUUCACAGCCCUGGUACAGAGAAGGAAGGUGAUGCUGUCAUAUUAUGUGACUGCACAAAGCUGCUCCAGAUCUUCCCUGCUCCCACAUAGAGGUGUCAUGGCCUCCUCCAGCCUCACCCCCGUGAUCCACUGCUUUCUUGUCCUGAGCGCUGCUGUGAGCUCCACAUCUGGAUAUGAAUCAUACUUCCUGAUGGUUUCCUCGGAUGGCCCCAUAACGUCGGGUGGGCAGGCGACCGUGAAUGCUAGCGUACUGAUAGCAAAUGACAGCACGAGUCUCAUAGCAGACCCAAGACUUUAUCAUUUCUAUUGGAUCUAUUCCCCUCUACUACUCACCCACUAUUCACAAAACGAAUCCAGCUCUGCUAUAACUUUGCAGUGUGAAUCUCCAGGGUCCUACCCCAUAUCUGCUUGGGUGACCAAAAGACACUGCUCUACGUGUGAACCCAUCGCAAGAAAAACUACAAAGCUCCGGGUUACAAGAGAAAUUGUAGGACGUCUCACAGCGUCACAAGCAGAUGGUGAUGGCGCACAUUUGGGGGAUGACUUCUUCUUGGCCACUAACAACGAUGUGACAUUAUCUUUCCUUAUUCAUGAUCCAAGUAAUUUCUUUAAGUCUGCUGCAUUCACCUACAGAUGGACCUUGGAUGACAGGACUACAGUUUUAACAUCUGAUCCUUUUGUUCAUCACAACUUUUCUUUACCUGGAAACCUCAAAAUCUCCCUUCACGUUACUGCUCAUCUUCAUGAUGGCAAACACCAAAGACAUCCUGAGAAGAAAACAGGAGACUUUACUGGCGGGCUGACAUUACAAGAUGUCAUAAGUCGUAUCACCAUAUCCAGCCCUAGAGAGACCACCACAGGGCAGAAAGUCAAUAUGUCUCUGCAUAUCAUUGGAAGUCCCCCUUUGACAGUCUGCUGGCUUAUCAAAUCUGACUGCAUUUCUUUGGAUGGAGAAGAGUGCCACCCAGUGGUGAUCAAUGACACUACCAGCAUUAUAAGACAUCAGUUCACAUCCGCAGGUCGGUAUUGCUUGAGUGUCAAAGCCAAGAAUAAAGUCAGCAAGUUGGUAGGACAUCAGAGCAUCACCGUAACGUCUACAGGUGUGCACCCGGUCUGGUUUGUGCUCCCAUGUUGCACUUUCAUUGCCAUCGCUAUUGGUUUUAUCUUCUAUACUUUAUUCCGAGCCGGCAGUCACAGCCCUCAUCAGAAGUCUUUGGUGGAGGUGGCAGAUUUUGAUUUCUCUCCUGUUAGUGAAAAGUAUGAAGCUCUUCCGGAGUACAAAGAAACCCCUGCAGGACACCUAUGCUGCUCUUUUUGCACGACUGACAGUUCUUCUGGGGAAGGAGAGCAUAGUGGAGAAACUCAGCCCCUCCUACAUUCAUCAUCCACUCCCCUGAGGAGCUACUCCCUGUGACUUGGGUUUAAUAUCGUGCUGCCUAUAGUGUUGCCUUAAAAAGCUUGGUGCUUGCUGUACAGCUCAGUGUUGUACCCAUGGAAUUUUAUGUUUUGAAUACAUUAAAUAGGAGAUACAAAGAUAAGAACGUAGAGGAAAUUUAUCAAAACUAGUGCAAAAGAAAAGUGGUGCAGUUGCCCAAGUAACCAAAAUGUUACUGAUCUCUGUGGACAUCGGCUCCAUAUUUCCUUUGCACAAGUUUUAAUAAAUCGCAUUAACCGCAUUGCCCAUGCUUGACUGCGACUUAAUGUUUACAGAGAAGCCAUUACAUGCCAUAAACAGACAGUCAAGGGAGACUAUAGGAAAGAGUCAUGGUGGGCCUGGCUAGCAAAGAGGGUUCAUAGACACGUCCCACCUAGAGACUGGGAAUGUCCAUUAAAACAGACUUUUGCCUUGGUUUACAUACAUUACCCUGUCAAGAAUCCCAUCUGAAACCUUUUCCUGGAUUCCACAUUCACACCUAGUUCACACACCGGCCUCUGUCAUGCUGUUCAAAUAUGGUAACAAAGUAAGACAUUCCUUCUGUUCUUUACAUAGCCUACAGACAUACAUCUCCUCUGCUAAAUCUAUUCUGUUAGAACCAGCAGAGAAAUAAAGUGGAAUUCAGGAUUUAUUUAUAAAGCAACAACGUAUUCCACAGAUAUUGAUCUCUUACCGGGGCUUGCAAUGUCAAUUUCAACUAGGGCUGGCCGGUAUGGCCAAAUAUGUGUAUCGCGGUUCCAUGGUAUAUAACGGUAUUCCCCCCAAAAUUAAUUGUUAGCCCAGCCCAUUGGGGCACUACUCACGUCACCGCAAGCGCUGCCCUCCUCAUCCUGUUUGUUGUGGCCGCCGGCGCUGACACUAUAUGCCCGGGCUGCAAAAUAUAUAUAUAUCCCUAUGCCCGGGCUGCAAAAGGUAAAUAAAAAUAAACUUUAACACAUGUUCCUACGUCGGCCUUACGCUCUUCCUGGGGACGUG